AUGGACGAAUCUACAGGCCAUGGGCGUGAAGACCAGGCCUACGUCCCUAGGAAGGGGAAUAUUCAUCAGAAAGAGCGUGGAGGUUUGACUAAGGACAUGUUGGAUCAUUACGGGGAUGAAAUGCUGGAUGACAAGUCUGAGGAGAAAGAUAAAAUGACUAAUAAGAAGAGAGCCGAGAAUAAUCAUGAUGCUGGUAAGGCUCCUUCAGGUAAAGACGUUCUAGUUGCCUCUUCUGCUAGCAAUGGAAGCAAGAUGCCAGCACCAAAUUUGCAGGGAACAGUCGGAUCAGUUCCUUUAGAACACAUACGUCCGGAUGAUUUCAAAUAUGCUCCACCGAGGAAGCCUAAUCAGUACGAUACUUCGAUGACUUUGCCGGGGAAAUUGGAUACAGUGACUGAAAACAAGAUCAAAGAUGCGAUGAACAGUCACGCAAGUGACAGUUUGUUUCCUUGGAUGAACGUUGGCGAGUUUAACCCCUCUAGAAAGAAAACUUCUAGCGUUUCGGAUGCAAGAGUCGUCAAGGCCUACAUUUUAGAGAACUUUUACAACGACUGGUAUUAUAAUGUCUCUUUGAUCUCGGCUACAUGCUUCUUUGCGUGGUUGCUAGCUUACUUAAGGUUUUCCUGGUGGUCGUUGUGGUUUGUGUUCUUUUGCAGCGGUUCAGUGUUUGCAUCUGAGUACAGAAGAUACAUCAAUUGUGCUCGUGAUGAUUUGAAGAGAACUACGGUGGAGGAAACUCUUUUCCAAAGAACGGAGACUACACUUUGGUUAAACUCCUUCUUAUCGAAGUUUUGGGUCAUCUAUAUGCCAGUCUUAUCUCAACAAGUCAAAGAUAUAGCUAAUCCUACUCUAGCGGGCGUUGCUCCAGGUUACGGUAUUGACGCAUUGUCGUUGGAUGAGUUUACUUUGGGUACCAAGUCUCCAUCCAUCAAGGGAAUAAAAUCGAACACAAAGGGUGGAAAAGAUGUCGUUGAAAUGAUUUGGUCAUUUGCAUUCACCCCAAAUGAUGUCUCUGAUAUGACACAGAGAGAAGCUAAGCAACAGAUUAAACCCAAGGUUGUUUUGGGCGUGACUCUGGGUAAGAGUUUUGUUUCAAAGACUUUGCCAGUCAUAGUGGAAGAUAUCAAUGUCGCAGGUAAGAUGCGUGUUGUGAUUAAAUUCGGAAAUGCUUUCCCAGAUAUUAAAGUUGUCUCUGUUCAAUUAUUGGAACCACCUCUCAUGGAAUUUGGUCUGAAACCAAUUGGUGGUGACACUUUGGGUCUUGAUGUCAUGUCAUUCCUUCCUGGUUUGAAAACUUUUGUGAAGACUAUGAUUAAUGCCAAUGUCGGACCAAUGUUGUAUGCUCCACAUCAUUUGGAUAUUGAUGUUGAAGAGCUAGUUGCCUCUCAGGCAAACGAUGCGGUCGGUGUUUUGGCUGUUACUGUUAAGUCUGCGAAGGACUUGCAAAGUUCAGAUUAUGUCGGUGGAACUGUCGAUCCUUAUAUUUGCUUCAAAUCUGAAAAACCUUCUCCUGGGGCUCAAACUGAUUUACGUACCACAAUUAAAUCGGAUGUCAAGAAUCCAGUCUGGAAUGAGACCACAUACAUACUGCUUAAUGACCUAAACCAGAAAUUGACGAUAAGCUGUUUGGAUUUCAAUGAUUUAAGAAAGGACACACUAAUCGGAAAUGUGGAGAUAAAUUUGCAAGAUUUGCUGCAAAACCCAGUAGUUGAAGAUGCUAGUUCCGACUUGUUACAUGGUAUAACGACUAAAGGUACUUUAAAAUACUCUAUGCAUUGGUUCCCAGUGGUUAGAGACAAGAACGACGAAGAUGCAGAUGUUGUCGUGUCCGAUAAUGGGGCACGGUACAACAGCCAGGAGGACAAAGAGAAUGCUGAAAAGGAAAAGAAGGAGGCCGAGGAAAAGGAGGAUGAGCCUAUUAUCGAUGAACCAAGAAAACAGCUUGACGAGGACGAGGAUGAAGAUGAAGAUGAAGACACUGACGCAGGUAUUGUGAAAUUGACACUACAGAAUAUAAAGAAUCUAAUCGGCACAGAUACUUCAUCUGGAACUCUCAGCCCAAGUGCUGUAUUGUAUAUUGAUGGUAAGGAGAUAAAGAGGUUCAGAACUUUGAAACGUAUUGAUGAACCAUCCUGGAAUGAAACUGUGGAAGUUUUUGUGCCAUCGAAAGGCGAUUCUGACUUGAAGCUUGAAGUUUUUGAUGAGAACUUUGAUAACCACCCACUUUGUACUUAUGCGGCUUCAUUGGAUGAAGCUAUCAAUUCAUUAUCCUUGGGCCGCGCAAGCGUCCCAGGAAAUCCUAGAGGUGAAAUCUUCAUGAACUUGCAAUGGAAACCUGUUCAUGUCACUGGCGCUUUUGCUGCAGGCAAUGCUGUCAAAGAACCGAUCGGUGCUCUAAGAGUUCAUAUUAGGGAUGCUGCAGUUACGAGUGAUUUAUCUGGUAUUGGUGAUAUCGAUCCAUAUUUCACUCUAUUGGUCAAUGGUCAUAUCAAUUACAAAUCAAGUCACUUCUCAGAGAAUUCAAGCCCACUUUUCAAUAAAGUGCUUUACCUACCGAUUGUCUCAGAAAAUCAGAAUAUCACACUUGAUCUUUACGACUAUCAGUCGGUUGGAAAAGAUAGAACAAUUGGUGGAGUUAAAAUUCCAAUUAACAGAGUUAUCCAGCUUGAUGCUAAGACCGGGAAGUAUCGCGCUAUUGAUAAAUCAGACGAAGUAUUGAAACUACAAUUGAAAGAUCGCUCGUUAAAAGAAAGAGGAGACUAUAUUAAUGUCUCACUCUCAUUUGUGCCAAUAGUGCCAGUCUUUUCACCUGAAGAAUGUACUCUCAUGGAGAAGAAUGAGAAGGAACUGAAGGAAAGGAUGUCAGAAUUCGAAAAAUCUCAGGCUAAACUCAAGGAGGAGCACAAGGAAAAGCCUGAUGAUUACGAAGAACUCGAAAUCGAUGAUCCUUUCGAGGAAGAGAAGGAGAGACUCAACAAGAAAGAAAAGUUAACCCUCGAACAGUUACUAGAGCGAAACUCUGGUGUUCUCACUAUGCAGAUGUUCCGUGGUAAAUUGUCCAAAUCGCCAGCUCAUCUGCAAAUUUAUGUGGAUGAAGUGCCUUUCCCAAGAUACAUCUCACCAAAAAGCCGUGAUGGACGCCUACCUGCUGCUAGCGCUACCGUAUUCAUUCGUGAUUUGAAGCACAGUAAGAUAACACUCAGAGUUUCGGGAAGCAGUAUUGCCAAAAAACCAUCUGAUGUCGUCUCUGAGAAAACUUUUGAUACUUACAAGAUACUUAAGGACAGUUAUGUCACAGGUGCUAAACUUUCUUUCAACGGUUGCAAUGUAGAGUUAUCAUGCUUAUACGUCCCUACGGCCGUGGAAAUUCCAUCUGUGGACACUUACUUGGACACUGGCCGUUUGCGUUUAAAGGUCAUAUCCGCCAAAGACGUGCUUGCCAAGGAUCGUAAUGGCUACUCUGAUCCAUUCUUUGAAAUUUACGUUGAUUGCAGUAAAGUUCAUAAGAGCGAAGUGAUCAAGAAGACUCUAUCGCCUGUUUGGAAUGAAACUGUGGAAUUGACUGUACCCUCAAGAGACCGUGAUAAAGUAGAAAUCCAUCUCUUUGAUUGGGAUCGUGCUGGCGAUAACGACGAUCUCGGUAAAGUGCUCUUGGACCUUUCAUCAGUAAAGGCUGGUGACACUUUCAACUGGGAACUACCAAUCGACACUCAAGGUACCCUUCAACUACAAGGUACAUUCUAUCCUGAAUAUGUGAAGCCACCUGUUAAUGCCAAUCAAAUCAAGAAAGCCGGUUUCGCCUCAAAGACUUUGGGCAACAUCUCACACGCUGGUGUUAGUACCAUAAAAACAGGUGCUCUUGGUGUAACCUCCGUCGGUAUGGGAGUGGCUACUGGAGGGAUCGAUAAGGGUGCGCGUCUACUAAAGAAGCCAUUCAACCGUCACGAUGCUUCCAAGAAGAUGAAGAACCUAACUAAGGAGCAAAAGAACGAGGAGCAGAAUACAGACGCCGAAUAUAGAUCACUCUCGUUCUCCGAAGUAAGAGCCUCGUUAGAUGCCGAUCGUACAGUUCCCAAUAACGACUACGCGCCAGUACAGAGCCUUGACCCAAACACACAAUUGCCCGCCAGUGACGGCCCCGACGCAAGGGACAGCUCCAAUGGCAAUAGUUCCACACAAAGCUACAAUCAACACACUAGGAACACUUCCACGGCAAGUAGUUUCGCCAGAACUCUAGCACCUAAUGGAACUUACCGCGGAUCAGUCACUAUUCUAGCAACAGAACAGCUAGGUAAGAACGUUCAAGUGAAAGUUUCCUUAGCUCAAGGCGGAAGACUCAAGCAAUUGUACAAGACAAAGAACCAAAAAGUCGACGAAAAGGGUAUAGCCAGAUUUGACGAAACGUGCGCCUUCAAAGCUUCACCUCAAGCAAAUCUAGUAUUCGGUGUUACAUCCCAUCACAAAUUGACCAAGGACCGUGAGAUAGGUAUAGCACAGAUCACUCUAAAUGAUCCACAAUUGCAACAGGGAGACCAAAUAGCCGUCAAAUUGGCCGAAGGUAAAGUUCUGUUUAAAAUAGACUACGCAAGUGAAGCCGAUCACACUCCACCUGUCCCAUCUAUCCCAGAACACUAUAAGAACUAG